ACUCAACCCAGAGGCCCUUUCAAUCCUGGGCGGCUCUCCAUGUUCUUUUCAGAGCUCUCUGAUUGAGGUCGCCAACAUCCAACCCUUCUAUUUCAGCCUCCGAUCUCUGGUUACUUUUUCAUCUUGUUUUUCUUUCUCGACCUCGAUCACAUUGCAGCAGCGAACUCAGCGAACUCAGCGAACUAUACCCUCCAUGGAAUAGAUCGCGCGCGGCGCAGAAAAUCAAUCAACUCGGCGAAGAUGGAGAAGGACUUGCGUUUGCGCCUCGUGGUUCGACGCCACGGUGUGCCUGAUGUCAAACUUCUCUGGAACGUCACCGCCAACGAAGAUCUCACCAUUUCGAAGCUUCUUACCCAGGUCAACGAUGUCGUUCCCCUCGAGGGCGGCGAAUGGGGUCUGGAAGACUACGCCGUUGAGCUUAAGGAUGCCUCUGGCGACGGCUUCGAAUGCGUCCACUACCACCUUGUCUCCAAGGUCCUCAAGGAUGAUGACCAAGUUCUUAUCCGCCCCCUUCUGACCGGCGACCUGAAGAGACGACGACUCAGCGGCCGACACCAGAUUUCUGCUGACGGAAAGCACCUCGUCGAUGGCCUCGCUUUCGGACGCCCAUGGCUCAGAGCCCCCCGAGACCGCCCUACCGUCGCCCUUCCCCCCAGAAAGAAGGCUCGCAUCACAUACACAAGUGAAGACGAAGAAGACUCCCCAUCCGAAGCUGAGGUUCAGCGGCCGAUGCUGGAGUACGAAUCCACGAGAGCACAGGACGACCCUUCUAGCGUCCAGCUACGUACACGACUCUACGACGCAGGUCUAGGUAGCGACUCCGAAGAGGAAGAGGACGACUUCGAGCCCGCCGCCCACGAUUACGAUGAUGAGGGCAUGGAUUCGGAAAAUGACGAUAUCCAGGAUGAGCUCCGCAUGCUCCGCGAAGACAAUGCCGCUGUUAGAGAAGGCGAUAUUCUCGAAGAGCUGCGGAACAUCAGAGACAGAAGAACGUCGAGUGGAACCGCUGGCAGCAGCCGCUCAUUGGAGACGUCUGAUGACUCUCCAGUGCCGUCAGCGAGCAACGCGCUGGUCAGAUCUGGAGGGAGGUCGAACAGGUUCCAGCUAAACCUGGAUACACUCGAUAAGAUUGCAGCUCUGAGAGCCGCGUUUCCCAGCGCUCGGGUCUCCACCAUCGAAAGGACCCUGUUGAGGUACAGUGCAAACUCCGCACGAGCCUACCGCAAACUGGACAAGACUUUCGAACCCCGUCUCAGCCUACAGCAGACUCUGGACCAUCAGGCAAGGAGCCUAUCUAGCAGUCCGAUCCGGCACGCGAACUCGAACACGGGACGUGAGCUCGUUCUACGGGAAUCGAGUCCACUUGAGCGAUCCUCUCACGCCACAUCCCAUGGCCAGGAUGAGGAGGACGAGGAUGUGGACGAGAACGAUAGUGAUGAAGCCUCAGAGACUCUCAACCACAAUGCUUACGCUGAUCAUGCUUCGAUUGGUAGUAACGAUGUCUCAGACUCGGACUCCGAAUCUAGCUCCGAGGGCGCAACAUCUGAGUCUGAUGAGGAGAUGGGCAAUACUUCCGACAAUGAUUCAGUGGCCUCCUCUUCCGAGAACGAAUCCGACGACGAAUCGAGUGAGGUGGAAGGUGGCGGACCUGUUAUAGACGAAGACAACUCAGACUCGGCUGAAGAAGAAGCCUCGAGCUCAGACGACGAUUCGAGUUCGGACGGUUCUUCUAGCGAUGAGUCAAGUGUUGUAUCUGUAAAGGAGCGAUUGUCUGCCAGACAGGCUGCGAUUGUCGAGGUCUCAUCAGACUCGUCAUCAGAUUCAUCUUCGGACAGCAGCAGCGAAGAUUCUAGCUCGGAUUCUGAACCUGAGGAGCUUCCUAGCAAAACCCUCUCUAGCCAACGGAUUCUGUUUGACACGGUCAGACCCAAUGAGACUCUAAAGUUGCCUAGAGCCGCACCCGUCGCUGCAGCUCAACCCAAGCAAGAGCAGCCUGAUAUACCUCCUGGUCAGGGAUUGAGCAAGACGCAAAAGAGGAAUGCCAGGCGCAAACUUGCCAAGAGAAUGGCCGUCCAGAAGAGCUCCCCAUCGGCUGCGAAUAGCGCAGAGUUAUUCCCGGCGGGUAUGUCUGAAGAGCUGGCAGCAUUUCAAGCACGGAAGCAAGCCCUACUUAACGCCCUCGCAUCCGACGGCCCGGCUGAAGCCAGCCAGGAAAAGUCACUGGAGAUACCUGACUCAGCACCUCAAGAUGGCGCAGCAUCAACUGCCGACGCCGACAUCGACAUGAUGGAGACUUCACAGAGCCCUUCCGCGCAGGAAGCUGCCUCUGAGCGGCGCAUGAAGCCUAAUGUUGGAGCUGCCCGCCGCAUGCUCAUGGGAUCUUUGGGUCUCAAGAACCCAAAGAACAAGGCUGACGAAGACAAGAUUCGUCAAGACCUGAUGAAAGGUGUUCGACCUCACACCAACGCUCGUCUGUCGGAAGGGGCUUCGCAGCCUAGCGAAUCCGCGCAGACCCAAGAAUCGGUAGAGGAAGGCUCCGAAGUCUGGCGCGAGAAAAUCGCUUACCGAGCCGUAGAAUGCUGCCACGACGGCGUCGAGCUGUCGGAACCGCCCUUCCCUUUCGUCCAGCGUUGGGACCCUCAACAGCAGGUGGAAGAAUGGUUCGGUUCGAAGAAUAAGCGCGGGGGCAAACGUAAGCGCGUACAGCGCGAUCAAGCUCAAUAUCACGAAGGCGGCGACUCUCAAUCGUCGAAGAAGCGUCGCGUAACCGACGAAAGCUUCGGCGUGACCUUCUCCGACGCGGUUGAGUCUGCUCAAGAGGGAGACACGACACUCAAUUAUGAUGAUCCGUCUGACGAUCCGCCGGUAACUAAGAAACCUGUCGAAGAGAGCCAGGCGACGGACAUUGACGACCUUCCUUCACUUCCGUCCGAUUUGUCUAGUCUUCAGGACCUUCGUCCAGGAGAAGCCAAACUCGGCAUGGUCAUCACUUGGAAGCAACUGGCGUUGUCAUCGCAAACCAAUUGGCAACCCCAAGUAGUGAGCUUGACCGGUGUGCUCGUCAGGAUCUACGAUGAGGAUGCAUCCGAUCUUGAGUUCAUAUUGGCUCAUCGCGAUCGAGGCGUCGAUCGAACCGAGAAGACAUACGACGAAGAGACUGGAGAAAGGGUAUACGAUCGCUUCGAGGCCCCCGAUGAUGACGAAGACGAAGAUGCGGAAGACGAAGUCGAAGAGGGACAUCGACGUGUGAAUUAUCUGGAACUGAUCGAGCCCAAGAUCGUGCAGCUUCCCCUGGACGACGUCACAAAAGCGGACGAGAACGAGAAACUGAGUGCCUCGGAUGGCGAAAGUGGCCCUACGGACAGCGUCAUUCAUGAAACCAUUUACGAUGGCCAAAGUCAGCCGUCCCAGCUCAACGGAGAAAUUUCUGGUCAGUCUGAGCCUCAAGUCGCCGCGGGCAGUAACCCCCGUCUUGAUGCUUUCGCAGAGGGCGAUGAGUCUAGUCACCCCGGUGUACACUUGGAACAUGAUGACCACAACAUGGACGAAAGCGAUAUGCCUACCCCCCGAGCCAAAAGUCAGCCGAAAGACGAUAAUACGGUGCCGACAACAGAAAACGGCACUCAGAGCUCCAAUGGCAAUGUCCUCUCCAUCGAAUCGAAUCGUCGCCAUGAGAUCAGCAUCAUGAUCGAAGAAGCAGGCUUUCGCAAAGAUGUAUCACCAUCAGUCAUUCACCGCAAGACUAGCAGCCCUUCCCGCCAAUUACUAGACCAGUUGGAAGCUGCCAAUACCCCCAGUAUUGUGAAGAAUUUUAUUUCAGCGCCGGAUAACAGCCGAGAUGCAGGUACUGGGGUCACCGACGACGGGAGUGUUCAGCCGCCGUCAUCUAUGAGUAGUAUUCCCAGUGGUCGGCAAGUCGACCCGGACGACUUUGGCUUCAAUAUGGGAGAACACGACAUACAGCAGAUGAGCGACAAUGGCCAUGAUUUUCCUUCUGUCGAUGCCUCGACUCCAAGACCCCAGGUCCAUACGCCGACCAGAGAGAAGGAUACUCUUGAGCCGAACUCGAGCGAGAAGUCUUCUCUUCCGUCACUAGAGAGCCUGUUCAAGACAGCCUCGCAAAAAAAUUCGCAGAAGAACACACAAAGUCCAUCCAAGUCACAGGUACUGUCGGUGAUAGAGUCACGCAAGUCUAUUGUGUCCCGCGAUGAAGAGUAUGAAGCCGCAAUGCGCCAAAUCGACGAGGCAGAUGAAGACGAAGACAACGAUGUGCAAGACGAUGAGACGCCGCAGGAAUUCGGAAAGACACAAAAGACGUUGUUUCCCACCUCGAGCCAGCCAGAGGGACUGGCUUUCUCUGAAUCACCAGACUUGCCCGAUCCCAAGCCGACUGCCAAGUCAGCGCCCUCGUCUUUCAUCGAGACGGAGGACGUUAAGCCCCGUCUGCUACGUGAGCGAAUCCGGACAGGUUCUUCAUUCGUGGUUCCUCCUGGAUCACAGGUAGUUACCUUAUCCUCGAGCCCGCCUAGCUCGCCCCUGGAGGAGAAUUAUGCGGAAGACGACGUUGAUGAGGACUAUGAGGAGAACAACAGCAGUAGUCUUCCGCAUGGGCCCGGUUGGGUGCAGAAGAACAAGCCACCCAAGGCCAACCCGCGAGCGAAGAGUGUGCCGGCAGCAAGACCCACAGCAAGACCCACAGCCAAGACGGCGACUACGGGUCGACCCGUUCCUUCGAGCUCGAUGCCUGCGAGAUCCGCCGCGAGGAGAAAGGGGCCACGCAAGCCAUUAUCAAAGUUCUAGGAGAUGUUGCAUAGUGGUAGGAAGCUUUAGGCAGGUAGCAUGGCGGGGCGUGUGCAUGUGUAUGUAAGAGGGGGUCGAGAAGUCCUCGACAUGUUUACUAGCUUUUUUUCUUGCUUUGGGAAAUGAGGAUACCCGUACCCGGCAGGGUACUUUGCAUCAAUGGAAACAUGUUUUGUCAAAG